AUGGUUGGCGUCCUUCCUUUCACCUACGCUCUCGAGUUUACACUCUUUCCAACUCUACCAUUCGAGUUGAGACUCAAGAUCUAUGAUGCUAUCUUGGAUGAGGGCCGUGUCGUGGAAAUUGGCCUCUCAGCAAGCAAGCGCUGGGACAUCUUCUUCACACAUGCCAAGCUUCCUGCCCUUUUUCACACAUGUCAAGAAUCCCGCAAACGAGCUUUCGAGAAGCAUGUUCUUCUUACUAUGCCGCACACACCUACAGACCUAUAUGGACCAGUACCAUGGCUAUCCCGGGAUGAAGAAUAUGAGAUUUGGAAAGACAACGGACGAGAACCUGACCCGUUGAAGCUUCUGAUCAAUCACGAUGCAGAUGUGUUAUAUCUCUCACUAAAGAGCUUGAACUUGAGAGAGCCGAGUUGGAGUCCGGAAGACCUUUGGCAUCGAAGUACCGCACUGGAACAUUUUAUGUGGAAUCUCGUCAGGUCCACAAGUGGUGAGGACACGAAGCCGCGCAACAUUGCUUUCGGAGGAGACUCACAUAUUAUUCAAGCAAUUGGAGCUCAACUUGGACUGUGUGACAAGUUGAGAAUGGUGUACUUCGUGUUUCAGGACAAGACGAACAAGUUAACUAGAGAGAUUAUCCCAACGAGAGUAGAGACACUGAGCCCAAGGGAUGAUAGACUUGCGCUCUGGGGCAAAAUGAUAGAUGGCAUGCGAGAGACGUUAUACCGAGAGUUGAUAAGCUCUUCUGAGUGCAACAAAGCAUCUCUUGAAGCUUGGAAGUCCAUAGAGAUGGUUCCUGCAGUUCUGCGAAGACAGAGACCGAAUGAGGGAUGA